AUGACAAAAGGAAAGGUUAUGGAAGGCGUUUUCGCCAUUAAUAAACCCACUGGUCGUUCUUCCGCUCAAAUUGUUCGCGAUCUUCAAACUCACUUUAAUCCUUCCGAAUUAUUUGCACCAUGGAUCCAAAUAGAAACCAGAGCUCGAGAAAAAGAACAACAUAAUCAAAGACAACGACGUAGGAAGUCAAAUAAGAAAGUACAGGUCAAGAUUGGUCAUGGAGGAACCUUAGAUCCAUUGGCUACAGGAGUGCUCAUUGCUGGUAUUGGAAAAGGCACAAAAGAAUUGGGGAAUUUCCUUUUAUGUACAAAGACUUAUGAGACGAUUGUAUUAUUUGGUGCCGCGACCGAUACAUAUGAUAAAGAUGGAAAACUCCUGAAAAGAGCACCAUAUGAACAUAUCACCAGAGAAAUGGUUGAACAGGGACUAGCUAAAUACAGAGGAAAGUUUAUGCAACUACCGCCAUUAUUUUCUGCUCUAAAGAUGAACGGCAAACCUCUUUACGAAUAUGCGCGCGAAGGAAAGGAAAUACCAAAAGAAAUCGAGAGGAGAUCAGUUGAUGUUUCAGAACUGGAAUUGUUAGAGUUCUAUGAAGGUGACGAACAUCAAUGGAAAGCGCCAACUGAAGAAGCAGGGUAUGCGGAAGUCAAUGUUGCGGCUAAAUUGUGGAAGCAGGAGAAAGCUGAACCGGCAACUAAUGGAAAGGGCGUAGAGAAUGAGAGAGCAUUGGAGGAUUUUGAGAGCAGAAAGAGGAAAAUGGGUGAUGAUCAGGAUGAUUUAGUUGUGGAAAGGCCGGUAAAGAAAACCAAGGAAAUGGUCGAGGAGGAAAAGGAUGAUGCGAUGAUGUCAGGUGGUCUUUCUUCCGAUAAAACCCCCAUGGAAGAUCAACCUAUUCUCUCCAAAGAAGGCGUUAAGAAAGGACCACCAGCAGCAAAGAUUCGCAUGACAGUAUCAUCUGGUUUUUAUGUUCGAUCAUUAUGCCAUGACUUAGGCGCAGAUUUAGGAUCAGCUGGAUUGAUGUGUAGCUUGGUUAGGGUCAGACAAGGGCAAUUUGAAUUGGGAAAGAAUGUUUUGGAGUAUGAUGAGCUGGAAAGGGGUGAGGGUGUAUGGGGACCACAAGUUGAGAAAUUUUUGGAUGAGUGGAAUGGAGAGACGGCUGUGAAGACGGUUCCAGAAACGGCUACCGAGCCACCUGUAGAAGAAACUCCUAAAGUGGAGAUUGAAGUGAAGUCCGAGGCGGUCGAGGAUAUAAAAAAGGAGGUCGAGGGCAGAGAGGUUACAAAUGAGGCUGAGGUGAAAGACGAGACGGUCGAAACGAAGGAAGAGAAGACCGGCGCAUAG